GAAUGUAGAAUCGGGAAUAAAGCGUGGAGUGGAGGGUAGUUUUCAUGAACCCGAUUCAUAUGCCAAUCAUAUAAGCAUUACGCUACCUUGGAAUUCGAAUCAACCAAGCCAGUUGCGCCACUAAUAACACACUAUUUUAACUUGGAUCGGAGGCAAUAACUAAGCAAGCAGAGAGAUCAGAGCCAUGGCAAGUUGCUGCGCAAAGAAGGUUCCAGAAAGAGAGAAGCAGGUGUUGGUGGUUGGUGUGGAUGACAGUGAAUACAGCACCUACGCUCUUGAAUGGACCCUCGACCACUUGAUCACACCCUCUCCCACUCCCAUCUUCAAGCUCGUUAUCGUCUUUGCCAAGCCUUCUGUUACCUCCGCUGUUGGCAUCAUAGGCCCUGUUGUAGGAGCCCCUGAGGUGUUUCCGAUGGUGGAAGCCGAUAUUAAAAGGACUGCUGCCAGAGUCACAGAACAAGCUAAACAACUCUGCAUCAACAAAUCUGUGAAUGAUGCAAUUGUGGAAGUGGUAGAAGGCGAUCCAAGAAAUGUUCUUUGUGAAGCUGUGGAGAAGCACCACGCUUCGGUAUUGGUGGUGGGUAGCCAUGGUUACGGAGCUAUAAAAAGAGCUGUAUUAGGGAGUGUGAGUGACUAUUGUGCUCAUCAUGCUCAUUGCACUGUCAUGAUCGUCAAGAAGCCCAAAACCAAGCACUGAUGUAUAAUAUAUUCAUCUCAAGGGGAGACAUGUUUUCUUUAAGAAAAUCAUAAUGCUUCACUCUAUAUAUGCUUCCUUCAAUUUACUUUGUAUUUCCGAGAUAGAACUCAGAAAAUAAUAUAUGCAUGUAGGAUGUGUUGUAUACAUUGGACUUUUUCCACUUCCCCU